AUGGACAGAGAAGAAAAAGAAGAAAAUACUUUAGAUAUCUACAUAACGGCAGAGACCGUAAGAGACCUUAAACACAAGAAAGAGAUGGAGGGAUCUAACACAACAACAACAACCCAACCACCUAAACACACAGAAAAUGAAAGUUUGAGGAUGAGAAGAUCAGCUAUUGUGUGUUUGGUGUCGCUGUUUGUUCUUCUACUGACUGCAGUCAUCGUGCUGUUUGUCCUGAUCAUUACAAACAAUCACCAGUUUCACAUCAAGAACAAAAACAUCACAGAAGAGAGAGAUGAAUUCAUAGCCAAGUACAAUAAUAUCACUAAACUAUAUGAACAGUUGAAUCAGGAUAGAGAUGAACUACACACACAUAUCCAUGAUGGGUGGAUUUACUGUCAACUUAAUUUGUACUUCAUUUCAUCUGAGACGAAGAUGUGGGAUGAGAGCAGAAAAGACUGUAGAGAGAGAGGAGCAGAUCUGGUCAUCAUUAACAACAAAGAGGAACAAGAUUUUGUUAGCAAAUUUUCUGGUACAUUCUGGAUUGGUUUGUCUGACAGUGAUGCAGAGGACAGAUGGAAAUGGGUUGAUAACAGCACAUUGAACUCUAGUUUCUGGGACACUUCCGGAAAGGAGCCCAAUGGUGAAACAGAAGAGAACUGUGCUGUAAACUAUUCACCAGGAUGGGCUGAUUACCCAUCUCAAGCAUACAGUGUUACUGAGACUGCCUGUGAAAAUCUGACUAAAGGCUCAAAUCUACUUGUGAGAUAA